AUAGCAACUGUUAGCGUGCUUUUGGCCGGGGACCUCGAAACACAGGUCAAAGACCAGAUCAUGCUGGCCGUGAACGCAACCAUGGUGGAUUUGGAUUUGGAAGAAAAAGCCGUAGACUCGUCGCCUGACAUGAGCGAAGUAAAGGUUUAGGUACGACCAUUUCACUACUACGUGUCCUGCGAUCUGAGAUGUAUCAAAGCUUUAAAGUUGUUUCCAGGCAGUUGUUGGCUCACCAGUCUUCCUAGGGCCACGCUUCUGAUAUUUGCCAUGAAGGCCAUCACAUGCAAAAAUUGUGGAAAGCGCGUGUCCAAGAUGCCCUCCACUUGGACAUUAGAUGAUUGCUGCUUUUACUGUCCAGAUUGCUGGAAGGCCUUGGCCUGCCAUUUGUGUGGUCAUCACGAUCCCAAGGGCAUCGAUUUCAAAGGGGCUUGGAACUGCCGUGUUUGCCGCCACAAGAGGCAGGUGAAGGAGAAAGCUGGCCCCUCGCACGCUGCGUUGCAGAAAUUGAUCAUCGAUGAGAGUGCAGACUGUUGUACAUCAUCCAUCAGUAGUGCGGCCAAGUGGGAAGCAGUGAAGGUACUCAGCACAUUGGAGACUGACAGUGAAGAUGAGGAUGACGUUGUUUGUGACUUACCCGACAAGGCACCCAAGGCUUUGGAACCAUACUCAAGAAGGAGGCAUGUGGUUUUGCUGGUGGAUGCUUCUGGGAGCAUGCGCAAUGAGGAUGUCGAUUUGGAUACGGAAACUAGCAAGGAGCUUGGUAAGGAGCAAGUUAACCUGAGCAGAUUAGAUGCUGCUGAGCUUUGUUCCACCAAAUUUGCCCGGGAGCAUGCCCAAGCCCGGCCGCACGAUGUAUUCUCAGUGGUGACCUUUCACGAAAAAGCUUCUGUUGUGGCCAACCGAAUAUCCUCAGCCGAGAUGGCGCAUAUGGCUUUUGAGGAUCGAGCUGCAAAUGGAACCUUUUAUGUGCAAGGCCUCAGUGAAGCAGCACGUCUUCUCAAAGCAUCUCCGGAGUUGCAAGGAGAAGUUGUUCUUUUAUCUGACGGCCGGCCAGCAGAUACAAAACAGGCCUUGCAGUACUUCCAAGACCAAUUCAUUCGGGGACAGUUUGCCGGUGUCCAGCUGCAUGGCAUUGGAUUCGGCAACCGCGUGGAGAGCUUUGCGGCGCUGCAGCAGUUGGCCUGCUUGACGGGCGGUACGUUUGUGCUCUCUGGGAGCACAGUCAGAGGACUUUGCAACGCGUUCUCCUCUGUGUCUUCUACGAUCACAGCUAGUAGCAACAAGUGGGUCCUCGCCGAGGCAGUGGACACAACCAAAACGCCUCAGCUGAAAGUGGUUGACUUCGAGUUGCCGGAGGUGGGCAUCUUCGGCAAGAAGCACGUGCUGCGGUUCCAUGCAGCCCGCAUCUCCUUCAGCUAUGAUGGCGCGGCCUUUCACAGGCAAGAAUUCGCUGCUGGUCCUGUUGUGCGGCGGCGGAUGCCGUACAUGCGAGGAGGGAUGCGACUCGUGUAUGGCUUUCAAGAUGAGGAAGUUGCGAAGAAUGGCAGCUGGAUGGUUGCAAAGUGCUCACGCUACUCGAAUGAGAUCUUGAACUCACAGCUUGCUGUGGAAGCGCACGCCAAAUCAACUGCAGUUGCCAGAUACUUUGCUGCACGCUUCAAUGGACGCCUGCAAGCUCUUGGUGGGGAAAAGUUGGCGACUCUCCUUUUUGUGCCAUGCUUUGUCUACAAAGUUGAGGGCGAUGCCCCAAUAAAUGAGCCAAAAUGCUUCGCAGCUGAGCGGUAUUUGCCAGGAGUUUUCCUGAAAUACAACUCCAACAAUGGUUACGUGGCAGACGCAUUGCUUCACAAUGACGCCGUUCAAUCAUUUUUGCACUUUUCCUUCGAAGAGUCUGGUGGUCACUUCAUCGUUGCAGAUCUACAAGGUGUUGCCAGAGAGUCUGAGGUGCUCCUCACAGACCCGCAAGUGUUGUCCCUCACACGGGAGUGUUUCCGCUCGUUGUUAAGAUUGUUUUUUCCAUGUUUGUCCUUCUUUUGCAGAUUUUGUCAUGCGAUUACAUCUAUAGUUGAAAAGCCAGGUGUUUGUUUCCACGGGAAAAGCCACGUAGUUUAUUAUUUCCAAUUACCUGGAGACAUGAUGUGAGGGGAGCCAAGCUUUGACGAGGUAUGGUGCAGGCGACUUGGGAACGAGUGGGUACUUGCGCUGCUUGCGUGCGCACCGCUGUGGGCAAGCCUGCAACCAAUUGCAUUGCAUCAAACAAUGUUAUUUCUUGAUUCCUAGACACCGCUGUCGGAAAUUGUGUUUUGGCACUUGUGAAGCUUGAGGAACUUGAGGUUUGUUGUGUCUUAAUGCCUCUGCAGGUAAGAAGCUGGGUCUCACACCUAUCAGCUCCUCGAGAAUGAAGCGCAUCGAAAGCACUGCAGGAGCUCUCAGUGGAAGCAGCUGGCAACAAGUGAACCACACCAGCCAAGUCCAUUCUGCAAACAGCUUCGGAGACUGGGAGAAAGUCAGUGAGACUGCGGCGGCUGAGUACACAAUGAGCCAAGGAACGUCAUCAUCAAUAUCCUCUUGGAUGCAUGUCAAUCAUGACAACGAUAAAUAGACUGGUAGACCUGAUCGAUUCACGGCCUGAAUUAGCAAGCCAGGAAUCAGGAAAGCUUCCUGUACAGAACUAAUGGAGCUUUUGGGUCAAAUAAUCAUAAA